AUGUUUGCCUGGUUUACGAACAAAUUGGCGGAACUAGAAGAGAAGGAAAAAGCAAAUUUAAUGCCAGCUUUUUACAGUUGGACAGUCGGUCUUGAUCUGUUUGGUGAUGAAUCAGGUUUUCCAUACUGCCCAUUUGUGGCACCCUCGUUCAUUAAUUUUAUUCAAAAACGGCGAAAAAUUUCGAAAGAAACUCCCGAUCUCGAGCGCAACCUUUUUGGUGUUCGUGUUCAUUGUGGUGAAAACGUUAUGUUUGCUGAUACUGAAAUUCCAGGAUAUCGACUAUUUAUCGCGCAUAUGUAUAUCAUUUUCCGCUGUUUGUUAUUUCUCCAAAAAGAACUCCAGUAUGGUAUUCGAAUUGGUCAUGGCAUCGCAUUCGAUCGUAUUCUCGGUGGUACAAUGAGCGAAUCAAGAUAUCGAAAGUCGUCAGUGAUAUUGGCAGACAUUCAAGAACGGGCUCAAGAUCUAAUGAAAACAAUAGCUUUUGAGGUCAAUAUUACGAGUAAUGAAUAUUUACUAGGUCAAACAUUACGUCAAGGAGAUGCUGGGCGACCACUUCGUCUUGGCGGCUUAUUUGACAAAGUACCAAUCAUUCUUGCAACUGAUGACGACGGAGUUUGGCCGAUUGAUCAUUGUGCAUUCGUUCAUCCUGGGCAUCAUUCGUUAACCGCUGAAUAUUGUCGAGCAAUUUCGUCUGGUUUAAUUGAUAAGACUGAUUAG